ACUCUAAUUGAAAUUGCUAAACGUUUCGAUUGUCCGUCAAAUAAUAUAUCGGGUUUUAACUCAGAUGUCUGUAGAGAAAGGCGAAGAACAAACAUCUAUUGCCGAUAAAAUGAAAACGUACAGCAGCAAGUGAACGCAGCACAGCUACAGAGUCAGUAAAUAAACUGUCUACUCGACAUUAGCCACAUUUAUGACAGGAAACCCGUUUUUGUACCUUCGUUCUACUCUCACCUUCGAUAAAAGCGAUUCCGCGAGGCUGCUGCGGUUUUCAGUAUGACGAAUAAAACAAAGCCAAAGUUUUGGAAAAUACUGAUACCCCAAACCACCUGAACUCAUCUGUCGUGGCACCCAGAGGACCUCGGUGUGGCCACAAAGGACCCGAGCAGGACCGAAGAGGGGCUCCCGUUCAAAAUGAGCUCAGACGUCUGCCCCGCCGAUCGCCCCCCAUCCUCGUGUCCUGCCUCUGCUCCUGUCGACGAAGCCUCGGCGCCGCCGCGAGGUUCCGUGGCGGGGGAGGUUGACUCCUACAAUCUGAUCGAGCCUCCCCCGUUGGACUGGAGGUCCGACUCCUCCAGCGAGACGGGCUCAGCAGAGGACCUGGAUGACCCCGGCAUCCAUCCCCCUGCUGAGGAUCCGGACGGGACGAGUCCGGCCGAGCCGGCGUUGCCGCCUCUGUUUGCUGUCGGCGCUGCGGCUCCACGCGAUGUGGCAGCGCCGGCCCAGGAUAUUUCGGUGGAGCCGGAAGACCCUUGGGGGUUAGUCGAGGCAGCGGUUUGUGCCGACGCCGCGUCGGCGGCUGGCAACGAGGUGAGCGAUGCGGAGAGCGCGGUCAGUGAGCGGGAAGCGGAGGUCGCUGACAGGAGGUCAGCCGACGAGGACCACGGCCGCAUCCACAACUUGCUUAGCCAGCUCCAACUGAUGGGGGAAGAGCCACCGCCUCGCCCCGCCCAGCGCCGGCAACCCCACCCGUCUGAGCUGGAGGCAUGCGCUCCCCCCCCCUUAACACAAGACCCCACGGAAACCACCGGGCUGCUGUUCUCCGAAAGCCACCGGAGAGACGUGGCGGGGCUGCUGCACUUCACGGACGUCAGCGCAAUGCAGAGUCCCACCUGUCUGUCCCACGGAGGAGACGUGGACGCCGUGGUGUCAGUUUCCUACAGCCGGGAGGAUGCUCAGAGGUUCUGGGGCCGCUGUGGGAACGGGCAGCAGCAGCAGCAGCAGCAGCAGCAGCAGCAGCAGCGGCAGCGGCAGCGGCACAGGGACGACUCCAUCACCUCGCUGCCUGACGAUGAGUAUCCCGAGCCGGUGUGGAUGAAGCUGGGCGAGGAGCCACCGGAGGAAGAGGAGGCCGCCGCAGAGGGCGAGCAGGUCAUCGAGACUGCUGAUCACCCCUCAUAUAAAGACGUGCCCGGUCCGUGUGACCCUGAAGACCUGUUGGAUGGAGUGAUAUUUGGUGCCAAGUACUUGGGCUCCACUCAGAUCAAAUCCGACAAGAACCCGUCGACAAACGCCCGAAUGAAACAGGCUCAGGAAGCUGUGGACCGCAUUAAGGCUCCAGAGGGAGAGUCCCAGCCGAUGACGGAGGUGGAUCUGUUCAUCUCAACCCAGCGAAUCAAAGUUCUCACGGCUGACACUCAGGAAGCCAUGAUGGAUCACGCUCUGCAGAUGAUCUCUUACAUUGCAGACAUUGAUAAUAUUGUGGUCCUGAUGGCACGGAGGAAACGCAAAGGCCAGGAUAGCGACUCGGCCUCCAACUCUUCCUCUUCAUCCUCCUCCGGGCCCCAGAAGAAGUGUCUGAUGAUCUGCCACGUCUUCUUCUCGGACGAUGCCCAGGUCAUCGCCCAGGCCAUCGGUCAGGCGUUCGGUGUGGCGUACCAGCAGUUUCUUCAGGCCAGCGGCAUCAAGGCCAGCGACCUGAGGCCCGGCGAGUACAGCGACUACCUGGAGAGCCAGGAGCUCUACAACGGAGACCUCGCCCACUUUUCCGACUCUCAGAACAUCCGAGACGUGGUCAUCACCAAGGCUGCUGGCGAGAUCCUGGGUCUGGCGGUGGUGGAGUCGGGCUGGGGUUCCAUCCUGCCCACAGUGGUGGUGGCAAACCUCCUUCACGGAGGCCCUGCGGAGCGCUGCGGCGAGCUCAGCAUCGGGGACCGCAUCAUGUCUGUAAAUGGCACCAGCCUGGUGGGUCUGCCCAUCACCACGUGCCAGAACGUCAUCCGGGAUUUAAAAAGCCAAAAGUAUGUGAAGCUUAGCAUCGUCCACUGCCCGCCGGUCACCAUGGCAAUCAUCAGGCGGCCAGAUCCCAAGUUUCAGCUGGGCUUCAGCGUGGAGGACGGCAUUAUCUGCAGUUUAAUGCGUGGCGGUAUAGCAGAGAGAGGAGGCAUCCGUGUUGGGCACCGCAUCAUUGAAAUCAACGGUCAGAGUGUCGUCGCCACACCACACGACAAGAUCAUCCAGAUCCUCACCAACGCUGUUGGAGAGAUUCACUUGAAGACCAUGCCAGCCUCGACGUAUCGACUCCUGACAGGACAGGAGCAGCCGGUGUUUCUAUGAGCUCUGCUGCAUCGAGGACAAAAUACUGCGCAGUGUUCAAGCUACAUGGACUUUUGCCAAACUAAGAAAAUAUUAUGCAAGUUAUCACACAGCAUAUCGUACGCUGUUGUCGCGCCACUGAACACAACAAACUGGGCUAGUGUUUUUAAGGUGGAAAGUGGAUUGUUAUAUUUUGAAGCAACUUUUAAAGCAACAGUGAUAGAUGGUAGCUUUUUUGUUUAUAUUUAUCUGACAUUUAACGAUGCACCCGGUAGCUGAGGUAUAUUCAUUCGUGUGCAGUAAACUUUUUCACUUGACUUGAGGAUGCUGUACCUUUUGGUCUUCUGGCCCGGUGUGCCUGCAGAAACUUCCUGUGCUUGCAGGAGAAACAUUGUUGAAUCAGGAAGGACAGGUUUUUAUUUCUUUGUGAUGCACUUCCUCAUGUGUAUAUCCACAAGUGUCUUUCACACACAUUAGAGCGCUCUGUUUCAUUUAUACAACGCUUCCCGGAAUGUGCCUGGAAUGAAGCAGGUAUCAUGCACAAUUAAAGGUAGCUGCCAUAUUUCAUAGAAAGGUGUGUAUAUUUUUAAGAAUUCACAGUUUUGGAUGUUCAUUACUUGUAAGAUAUCUCCUUGAUGUUAUUCAUUCAGUCCUUUGUCACUGAAUAGGCUUCAGAUGCAGAGUUUCUUUUUUUCAUUUUAAAACAAAUGUCAAGUCUGUUUACAUUGGACAGCUUUAUGAAUAUGCUGUCCCCGCCAUACAUGUUGGUAAAAGAAAUAUACGUCAAAACUGAUAGUAGCACAGUUCUUUGUAACUCUUGCAAAUACGAUGCGAUUUAUUAAUAUUUCUACUGCUAUUUUAUAACUGCACAAUGUAAUUGUAUGCUGCUUGGGCUAAUAAAAUGUAAAUGUAUUUCA